GCCCAGCUCACACUGAUGCGGAGCUCGUGUCCUCCAUGAUGAAAAAAAUCACUCUAUUGGAACAAAAAGUAGAGAAACAAGCACAAGAAAUCCAACUGAAGGAUAGGAGGAUUGCUGAACUUGAAGAGAAGAUGAGGACUCUUCAGAAAGGAGAAGAUGCUCCUGACUCGUCCACAGCAGAGGAACUGGAAAUUAGGUGCCUUCAGCUGCAGACCCAGGUCUGGGAGAUGGAGCGGUUUCUAAAUGACUAUGGUCUGAUUUGGGUUGGAGAGAGACAGGAACAGCUGGAAGACUUAGAAUCACUCACGGAGGAAGAAGAGCUGCCAGCAAGGAGCCUCUGGAAGCCAGGUGAAGCGGUUGUUUCCAAACACCAGAUUGAUUUUGAUUUAAUCUUGGAAAACGUGAAGGAUUUGAAUGUGCUGGCUGGAGAAGGCAUUUCUCAAAUCGAGCACAUGCCUGGGGGUGCUCGGCUGAGACAGCCAGAACCCCUCCCUCUUACACUGUAUCAAAAUGGGAUUGUCAUGUUCAACGGACCCUUUCGGCCCUACGAGGACCCAUCCACACAGCAAUGCCUGCAGGAUAUUAUGGAUGGUUAUUUCCCUUCAGAGUUGCAGAUGCGCUACCCAGAUGGCAUCCCCUUGCAAGUCACUGACAGAAGGGACAUGGUAUUUCAGGAGAGAGACCUUCCAGGGAGUUUUCCUGGCCACGGCCAAGCGGUUGGCCAUUCAAGAUCAAGUGAGGUGCAGGAAACCACCAAGAUCCCAGGUCCCAAAGUCUCCUUGGAGCAGUUUCUCAACAAGCUUUCCAGGCCCUCGAAACAUGGAGAAUUGAUCGGUGGCCAAGGCUCAGCCAGAGCAGCGCAGCAGGGCUGUGACCGGGUGCGGAGCAGCAAAGAGAUCCUGGUGGAGACACCCAGGCUGUCUGCCCUGGAGAGGGUGAAGACAAAUGAAGCUUCUGCCCCUGAUGUCUGCACUCUCCGCAUCAAAUCUGAGAGCGGGGAGCAGACAUACGUCGUAAAGAUGCUGUUCACGGACACCAUAGGGGACCUGCGCCAACACCUCGCCCACGCCAGGGGUGGAGGCUCUGAGUCAUAUGAGAUCAUCAGCACCUUUCCCCAGAGGGUAUACACGGACAACUCCAGGAGCCUGCAGGAAUGUGGCCUGACUCCCAAUGCCUCCUUGCUGCUGCGGAGAAGAGACCCCUCCCAAAAAGAGGGGACAGGGCUGCAAAUGGCUUAA